UUAUGCAACAAGUUCCGCCGUCCGUCGGGCCUGCCGACAUGCGACCCCCUCCUUCCAAAUUACCGGAUGCCAGGAAGAACAAGUCUUCUCCAAACCGCGGAAAAACUCCCUCUGAACGGUCGUCGACGAGCUCACGCAGCCAGAAGGACGCGUGCUUCAUUUGUACUAGGGUCUCUAGUUACGAGAAAUGGUCUCUAGUCACUUGCUGCAAGUGCAAGCGGAAGUAUCACAGAGGUUGCCACAGAGGCGAUAUCCCCAAACCCUGUCCACUUCACUGGAUGUGCUAUCUCUGCGACUCGGACUCCACUGAAAGCAUGCAGCCGCCCACGAAAAGACGUAAACUGGACAGUCCUGCAGCCACUGCUCCUGUUGAUGGCAAAAUCGCCUGCCGUCCAGAUGUCGGUCGUAAAGAGAUCCCCGAAUCACCGCAGGACAGUCCAGGUGUCGCCCAAAAUGGCCCCUCGCUCAGGCCGAUGCCUUUCACACAACGCCCGCGCUUUGCACCUUACUCGACCGAAGAUGUUGAGCAGUUAAACGCCAAGAUGCCCAUGCAGGCUCGAUUUACACAGCAUCCUCGAUUUUCAUCUUCCAUUCUGGACCUAGAAGAACAGCAAGUCAUCCAAUCUGCAAUAUUGACUCCAAGAGCCGAGACAAGAAGAAAGCGACUAUGGUCGCCGAGCUUUAGUGCUCAGUCCAAAACAGUACCAGGAACGAAGGAUAAAUAUGGAUCGAGUACACGAAAAUAUAGCCAGCUCAUCGGCAUGGCGCUGCAUUCAGCUCGAGACAACUGUUUGAACACCGAGCAAAUAUACAAAUGGAUCAUCGACAAUGUUCCUGAUUAUGAUCUCGAGGACAUAACUUGGAAAGACGGAGUCUGGGUUACUCUGACGGUGGUCGAGGACUUUGUACGUCGAGAUGGUAACUUGAAAGGACCAUGGACGUUCUGUGAUGGCGCGAGCACAAAAUACAGACCGCGAGGUCAUUUGGUGCCUCUGGCAUCAACAGCUGACUCGUCUUCCAAAAAUGUGUACGCAGAUGAUGCUCAGGUCAAGCAAGGNGGUGAUACAUCCACACCCCUUGCUACAAACCAUGGUCUUGAGACCAGCGACUUCAAAAUAUCAGAAAACCCACUCGAUCAAGCCAAGACGAAUCAUUCCAUUAGGACUGGGAGCGAGCCUAACACAGAAUUGCCUUCUACAAUCGAGGACACCGUCGAUAUAAUCGAUCUCACCAUGGAUGAUGAUGAGCCGUCAUCUCCCGUGACACGUUCGAAAAGUUCUCAGAAGCCAGCCACUGCAAGAAGCAUCAUCAGUCUCCUGCGCGACAGUCCUGAAGAAGUCGUAGAGAACAAACAACAGUCGACUUUUGUUGGGCUAAGGGAGCCGACCGGGAGCAAAACGACAGGUAUUAAUUCUACGCGGAAGUCCCUCACACCUUUCACAGACCGUAUCGUUGAGAAUGCCUCAAAAGAGACGAUUGAAAGUCUUUCUGGCAGCGAAAAAUGGAAGGUCGCUCAGAGACACAUCAAUAACCUUCUCGGGUCACCUCCCAAGGCAAUGACACCAAUCGAUGUAGAAAACGCCAGCCUGAAAUCUNNCCCCCCUAAACUGGCAAGGUCAUCAAUCUUAGUGUCUCCUCGACCCCUAAAGUUGGCCGUUGCGCCGACCAGCCAAAGUCCUAAGCAUGACUUUCAUCUCAAGGGGAAAUCUGUUGAGCCGAAUAUGUCCAGUACUCGCAUUUCAAUGCAGAAUGAUGAUAUGAGACAAUCAGCACCAGUCUUUACAGGGACUGCCCAACAGCCAACCGUCGAGGAUCAUGCUCUAAAGGAGUCAGCCCCGAUCACAAACGACCAGGUAAUGCCGAUGCAAAUAGAUCCGCCAGAAGAGCCGCCUCGACUCAAAGCUACCGAUCCUGUUAUUGCACAGCCUGCUCAGACAUCAGACGAGAUGAUCAACGGCGUCGAGACGAGACCAGUACAAAGUCUCGAGGAAAAUCUCGAGGAACCUUCUAUCCAAGAACAACCACUCGAUGAGCCGCCUUCGCAGCAGCGACUACCAUCUGUAGAACCUAUACAACAAGAGCAACUGCAUGAAGAGCCUCCUGCAGAAGAACCGGAUGCAGAAGAGCAGCCCACCAGGGAGUCAGUCAUCAAGGCUUACACAGACUCAGCUGCCCAGACCGACUCACCAGCAGCGUCUUCGUUCACACUCGGAACAAUCACGCAAAUCAGCCUCGCACCGCAAGCGCCAGUAGAAGUCGCUCCUGAAGCCGUACGUGAAACUGCAGAAUCUUCUACACAGACCGACAAUCUACCAGAGCUGCAAGCAGCACUCCCGCCACAGCCCGCGCUGCCACCAAAACAACCAAAGACGACUCAAGGCAAAGCAACCAAAAAAUCGCGACCGAAGACCGACAAAACCAAAAACGAAAGAGAACUCGUNGAGGAGAAACUCGAAGACGAGGCUCUGAAGUUGCUCGAAAAAUUCAUGUAUCCCGCUAAAGAUGACAAGGAACACAUCUGGCCUGAAUACCUCGAAGCCUCAUAUCAAGAAAACCCCAACUCCAUCUUCUUCGACCACGAAGCAAAGAUGGAAGAGAUUCGCGCUAGACCAACACGCAAGCAGAUUUUCGGUAAAGUCGCUCUGUCCCGUGUUGCUGGUAGGGAUGCUUUGACCAGGUUGAAUGAGCUCAAGCUGGGUAUGCAGAGGGUUGGCGAAGUCGAUAUCUACAAAGGGUACACGGAAGAGCAAAUUGCGGAGGAGAAGAGGCUGAAUGAGCCAGAGGGACACUACAAUACGGUGGAGGAGUUGCUGGGUCUGCCCCAACAGAUUGUGCCUCAUAUCCACGAACAGCAGUUGGCGUUUCGUGAUUAUGCNUCAGGAUUGGCCGAGCGAAACAUAUCUACAAGAUUGGACCGAAUGCGAGGUGAGACGAUCUGGCUCGAUGCGGUCCAAUGCAAU